AUGUCUCCCCACAACGACGCACCAUCACCCGCGGGCAGCUUCACUCAAGGACUGUCGACCUUUCGUCUCAAUCCAAGUUCGGGUCUGAGACUGUCCAGCAACACCAACAGCAUCUACUCGGAUUCGGCCUUGAACGACUCUCAGUACAGCUCUUCCUUCAGCAGCACUUCAAUGGAGACCGACGAGCAUACGUCAAGGCCCUUGGUGGCCGGAGUCUAUGUCCCCACGGUCUGCUUCUUCGACUCUGUCACAGAGGAUUUGGAUACGGCUACCAUCGCAAGCCAUGCGGUUCGUCUUGCCAAAGCUGGCGUAACUGGUUUGACCACCCAAGGAUCCAAUGGAGAAGCGGUUCAUCUCACUCAUGCUGAACGCUCUACUGUAACGGCAACAACUCGUUCCGCACUCACUGAAGCCGGCUUUUCACAUAUGCCUGUCCUCGUGGGGUGUGGUGCUCAAUCGGUUCGAGAGACGGUGGAAUAUUGUCGUGAAGCACACGUCGCUGGCGGAGAUUAUGCACUUGUCCUUCCCCCCUCUUACUAUGCCCCUCUCUUCUCGCCAUCGGCGGCAAGUGUCAUUGAGUAUUUCACGUCGGUUGCAGACCAAUCGCCCAUUCCACUGAUCAUAUACAACUACCCUGGCGCCGUGUCGGGUAUGGACUUGAGCUCCGAUGUCAUUAUUCAGCUGGCGGCCCAUCAAAACAUUGUGGGUGUCAAGCUCACAUGUGGCAAUACGGGGAAGUUGAAUCGAAUCGUGGCGGCAACCAAAUCCGCGAAGCCAUCAUCGUACAAUACCCCGCCUUUCUUGGUACUGGGUGGUAGCGCAGAUUUCACCCUGCAGAGCAUCGUUGGUGGGGGUCACGGCAUUCUGGCCGGCCUGGCCAAUAUCGCCCCCAAAUCGUGUAUCGAACUCAUCCGCUUAUUUAAGGCUGGCAAGGUUGCGGAAGCACAGCAGAUGCAGGAGAUCGUUGCCAGGGGCGAUUGGGCUGCCAUUCAAGGAGGUAUCGUCAGCACCAAAGCCGGUAUGCAGAGCUGGCUAGGAUAUGGCGGUUAUGGUCGAAGUCCUCUUCCACGACCAACUCAAGACGAGUCUUCCAAAUGGAAGGAGGGAUUCCGUGAACUUGUUGAGCUCGAGAAGAGCCUAUAA